AUGCAGACCAAGAACGAGCAGAACGAAGGCCCAGCCAGCGAAGUCAUCGAUCGAUUCUUGGCUCCACGCUCUGCAGAGUAUAGAGCGCUCACCGAGAUUCGCAAAAAGGGUUGGCAGAGUAAGGAAGGCGACCGAUUCUUCGAGCAACAGCGCUUCAAAGCAGACAACGCUGAUGAUCAGACCGAAAAUUACCUCUUUGGUCUGAUGAAGCAUGUUGGACACCAGCUGCAAGGAGCCACUAACGCAUUCACGAUCGGAAAAAAACCUUCUGGCACCGACUGCCCGCAUAUCUUGGACAUGUGUGCUGCUCCGGGUGGAUUCUUGCUCGCUGCUCUGGAGCAGAACCCUGGCUCACAAGCACUGGCCUUCAGUCUGCCAACACAAGCCGGCGGUCACAAGAUGCUUCUGGGACCUAGAACAUCGGCCACCAUCACAUGGGCCGACAUCACCAUGUUCGCUGCUGACAUGGGCGUCGAAGACAUCCCCGGAUCGCAUCCAGACCAUAAUAACUUCUUGCCGAGACAACUACAAGACGAUCAAAAGUUCGACCUGGUCAUGUGCGAUGGCCAAGUGCUGCGAACGCACUCACGUGCGGAAUACCGUGAGCAACGCGAAACCCGAAGAUUGUCCAACACACAACUGGCGCUUGGCCUGGAACAUAUCAACCCGGGAGGCACCAUGAUCAUCCUUCUGCACAAGCCCGAAAUCUGGCCAACGCUCCAUCUGCUUUUCGAAUUCAGCAAAUUCGCAGAGAUCCAACUCUUCAAACCGCCGAAAGCCCACGCCAAAAGAUCUUCAUUUUACCUCGUGGCUACUGGCAUUCGCACCGAGAUGCCGGAAUUUCAUCACCUUGUUGCGGAGUUGAAGCAUGUGUGGAAAGUCGCGACGUUUGGAACGGACGAGGAGUACUCUGCUGCUGUUCGGGAGACUGACGUGGGCAUUGAGAAUGUCUUGGAUCAGUUUGGUGAUCGUUUGAUUGAGCUUGCCACUCCGCUUUGGAAGAUUCAGGAACAGAGGCUUAGGGAGGCGAGUUUUAAUCGAUAG